AUGCGUAUCUCCUCCACUCUUCUUGGCGUCGCAACCCUGGUUGCUGCUGCAGAGGCUCAACUCCGCGGUUUCAACUACGGUGCCUUCUUCAUGAACAACGCGGCAAAAAAACAAGUUGACUUUGAGUAUGAGUUCAACAAAGCCAAGAACCUCCCGGGGACCACAGGAUGGACGAGUGCUCGUCUCUACACCAUGAUCCAGCAUGGCACCACCAACACCCCCAUUACCGCCAUCCCAGCUGCCAUCAAAACACAGACAAAGCUGCUUCUCGGGCUGUGGGCUUCAGCAGGCUCGGCAAACUUCAACAACGAGAUUGUGGCUCUGAAGUCGGCGAUCUCGACGUACGGAACCGCCUUCACCAAUCUUGUCGUGGGCAUCUCGGUCGGCUCUGAAGACUUGUAUCGAAUCACCCCGACUGGUAUCGCAAACAGGGCGGGCCCAGGUGUUCAACCCAACAACCUCAUCAACUAUAUCAAGCAAGUCCGCAUGGCGAUCUCGGGGACCGGCUUGUCCGGGAAGCCUGUUGGCCAUGUUGAUACCUGGACGGCCUAUGUGAACGCCUCGAACAACGCUGUGAUUUCCAAUCUCGACUUCGUCGGUGUCGACGCGUAUCCGUAUUUCCAAACCACCAUGGCUAACUCAAUCGGCAACGCGAACGCGACCUUCUACGACGCCUAUAAGCAGACCGUCGCCGCUGCAAAGGGCAAGCCUGUGUGGGUUACUGAGACCGGAUGGCCAGUCAGCGGUCCCAAACAGAACCAGGCUGUUGCCAAUGCUGCCAAUGCUCGCAUCUACUGGCAGGACGUUGCGUGCAGUCUGCUUGCUGCGAAAGUCAACCUUUUCUGGUAUGACCUGCAGGAGGCUCAGUGGGGCAACCCAAGCCCUGACUUUGGGAUCUUCGGUGCUGGUGAUCUCGGCACCUUGUCGCCGCGGUACAGCCUUGGCUGUUAG